ACCGUUUGAAGCGGGCGAGGCGUUGUUGCCAUGGAGACGCGGCCUGGGCGCCGCUCCCGGAGCCUCCGCUCCCGCUGAGGGGACCGAGGGUGGGGGGUGGCGGUGCCCGGCCCGGCGCUGCGGGGUGCGUACGGACACCGGGCAGCACGGCCCCGGCGGGCUCCGGGCGGGUUUUCUCUCAGCUGAACGCGUGGGGAGGCGCGGAGGCUUCUCUCGGGGGCCAAACUGGGAAGAAAACGGUAAAAGUUCAUCCGGGACCGAGCCCCGGGGCUAAAUGCGGCCCCUCCGAGUCCUGAAGCGUAACCCCCGACGCGCGGCAGCUCGUUGGGCUCUAAUUAUAAAAUAAAUGUUAGAAGCCAGCUGUUAAACCCUGCCGGCAAGAGAGGCUGGGGCGCAGUUUUCAAAUAAUCAGCACCCCGAUAUAGCUGCCUGCUGAUUUUCUGGGCGUGUGGCUGAGUAUUGGACGCUUCCCCUUCCCCUGCAGCUGCUGCUGGGACCAGUUGUCGGGAUCAGCUGCAGGAUGGAGCCGCUCCUGCUGAGCUCACCAGCCUAUGUUUAGUGUGGAAGAAUGAUAACGGAGGAGAUCAACAGAGAACCAAAGGCAGAAGAACCUUGUGCGCUUGGACAGAAGGGCUGUGUUCACAAGGAGGUUUGUCAGUAAAAAUUGGCUUCCUUCUGGUCUUCUGCUCUGUACCUCAAAAACCAGCGAACACCUUGGCACAGCGCCUGAAGACGUGUUUGGGACAUUAGCUUGAAGAUGGCGUCGUGCCUUUAUGAAUGCCUUUGUGAGGCAGAACUUGAAAAAUAUUAUCCCCAUUUUGCUGCCUUUGGCCUUCAGAAGAUUGAUGAGCUUGCCAAGGUUUCCAUGAAAGAUUAUACCAAACUAGGGGUACACGACAUGAAUGAUCGCAAACGACUCUUUCAGCUCAUUAGAAUAAUCAAAAUUAUGCAAGAAGAUGAAACUGUAAGAGACUUGGGCAAGCAAGAUUUCCAACCAAGUGGCCUUUUCAUUCAGCCUCAGGUGACCAGAUCAGGUCCCCGUAGACAGCUGCGUUUUGAGUCCUUCUUUGAGGAAAAUGACGGAACAGUUAAAGACUCUGAGCCGGAAUCAUAUGGGCCAUCUGAUUUCAGUGCCAAUGAGGAGAAGAACGGUCUUGUGGAGCUGUUGGGACACACUCAGCCACAUGAUUCAGAGAUGAUCAGAUUAACCAGAAGAGAUGUAAAUACUCCUGGAAUAUGCACGAAAAGUGAACUGAGCUGUACAACAGUUUCUGAUGAUAUUGCUCCUCUCCUGGGGGAUUCUGAAACUCCCAUCAUCCAGAGAGUAACUCACAUUUCAGGGUAUAAUUAUGGACUACCUCAUUCCUGUAUCAGAUCCAGUACCUCAGAGAAAGAGACUCCAUGGACAGAGAGUGAGAAAAUCAGAGUGUGUGUCCGAAAACGUCCCCUAGGCCUAAGAGAGGAGCGACGCGGGGAGGUUAAUAUCAUCACGGUGAAAGAUAAAGAAACCCUACUUCUUCAUGAGAAGAAGGAGGCAGUUGAUCUCACCCAAUAUAUCUUACAGCAUGUUUUUUAUUUUGAUGAAGUCUUUGGGGAGUCAUGUACCAAUCACGAUGUGUAUAUGAAGACAGCUCAUCCUCUCAUUCAGCAUAUUUUUAACGGAGGCAAUGCAACCUGCUUUGCAUAUGGGCAGACUGGUGCUGGCAAGACUUACACUAUGAUAGGUACUCACCGGAACCCAGGACUCUAUGCCUUGGCUGCCAAGGACAUCUUCAGACACCUGGAAGCGUCACAGUCAAGGAAGGACCUACUUGUUUUGAUCAGCUUUUAUGAAAUCUACUGUGGACAGCUUUAUGACCUGCUAAAUGGAAGGAAGAGACUCUUUGCAAGAGAAGAUAGCAAACAUGUUGUUCAAAUAGUUGGACUCCGGGAGGUCCAGGUGGACUCUGUAGACCUACUGUUGGAGGUGAUUUUGAAGGGGGGGAAAGAACGUAGCACAGGAGCUACUGGAGUCAACUCAGAUUCCUCUCGAUCUCAUGCUAUCAUCCAAAUCCAAAUUAAAGACACAGCCAACAGGACAUUUGGAAGGAUAUCAUUCAUUGACUUGGCUGGCAGUGAAAGGGCAGCUGAUGCCAGAGACUCAGAUCGACAAACAAAAAUGGAAGGAGCAGAAAUAAACCAAAGUCUUUUAGCACUAAAGGAAUGCAUUCGGGCCUUGGAUCAGGAGCACGCGCAUACACCUUUCCGGCAAAGCAAAUUAACUCAGGUACUAAAGGAUUCUUUCAUUGGCAAUUCCAAGACAUGUAUGAUAGCCAAUGUAUCACCUAGCCACAUAGCUACAGAGCAUACCCUGAACACUUUACGAUAUGCUGACAGGGUGAAAGAGCUGAAGAAAGGGAUUAAGUGUUCUACUCCUGUCACAAACAGACGUCGAACAGCUGGAAACGUAUCUCCAAAACGUGUCCAAAACUCUCCCUCCUUGCCACCUGGAGAAAAGAGCUCUCCAAAGAAAGUGAAGCUAGGUCUCCAGCACCCUUCGAGUGCUACAAAAACAAAGGCGUGUCCUCCAGCCCUCCAGCCACCCAGUGUCCCUUUUACCUCUACCCCCAGGGGAGUCAACAAAGGACAUGCCUACAAAGGAAGUCCCAGCUCACUAUGGUUCCACCACACUAGUCCAAUUAAGGGAUUCUUACGGAUAGGACAUCCCUUGAAGAAGAAAACCGAUGAUCUGUCCCCCUACUCUGAGAAGAACGCCACUGCGAAGGAUUUUAUCAUCAAAAACACUGCCGCGGCAGAAACAAAAGAGAGUGGCCAAAGAGAUAAGUACAUGCAAGACAGACCACCUGUCCAGUGCCUAAAAGUCCAGACAGUGCAACCUGUGCAGAAACAGCUUGUUUCUAGAGAUGAUUUUUCCUUUGGAGAUGGAAAUCUGCCUUCUGACAGCAGGCAGGAAUGGGGAAACACCUUUGCUAAACAGUGCAUUGAAACCUGGACAAAUCUGUCUCCAUUUCAGAAGGAAAGGGAGGAACAUUUACGCCUUUAUCACCAGCAAUUUCAGCAGCCACCUAUUCUACAGCACAAACUGAACUACCAGCCUCUCGAGAGGUUUUUAACACAGUAUAAGCCCCAGGAGAUUGAAGUGAAGCAGGAGCUGAGCCUUACACCCACAGAAGCACAGAGCAAAGAGGGGAUGCAGCUGGAAGAUCUUGAUGACAGUGAUUUUAGUGAAGAUUCUUUCUCACCUGUCUGCAGUCAAAAGAACGUGAAGAGAAGAAACACCAACAAAUGCAGUAAACACUCAUUUUUCCUUCAUCAAAGAGAACAAGGAACUGAGGAAGAGCAAAAAGGCCAAAAGCGACAGGAUUUAUUUUUUAAAUAUGCAUUACGCUCGCAAGAACACGAACUAGAUGACAGCUGGGAUUGUAGCGAGGGCAGCCCAAAGAUGGAGGAAUCCAUUAAAAAUGCAGGCUGCAGCAAAACGCCAUCAGACUGGAGCUACGACUUAGCUAUGGAGUCCUCCUCAAGCAACACUGCGGAAAAACCUUGCUGCUUACAAGAAGAUCCUGCUUGUAACUGGAAAAAUAGCCAAGAUUUCCUGGCUGAUGACAAACAGUACAAAUCCAAACACAGGUGUCCAGUUUACUCCAGUGAAGUCACCUUGACUCCAGAAAAGGAUACUUCAAACUCAUAUUCUUCUCCUGUAUUGAAAUCGGGAACACCAGAGUGCAAAGAGAUUCUCCUCCAGCGUGAGGAGAAGGAAGAAUCUACUCUGGAUGGACAGGCUGCCCUUGCAGGAGACAUUAAAUGGAAAGCUAGAAAAAAUGAUGUUAACUGUUGUGGAUCUUCCAGUUGUUCCUCAGAAUUCACACCUGAGCUUGUGGCCCCUCUCCCGGUACCCCUUCUUGACUAUGAGGAAACAACGGAUGCAGAGAACAUUUCUUCUAACCAAGAAAAGUCCCCCCGUGUGAAACAGAUGUUGGGCAGGAGCAUACACAGGUCCCAGAAGAGGUUUGAGGAGGAGGCCUGGCAGUGCACCAGAAGCAGAGCUCUGACAGACAGCAUGCUGGAGCUGGGCGAGCAAGUGCGUCGUGGUGGAAGACACUGCACCCUGCAGCGCUGCCCACAGGCAGGGGACAGGUGGCUCUCUCCCAGCUGCUGUAAUGUGAAACCGUGCUGCUGCCUUCUGGGCUCAGGUUCAUCAAAUCCAGGAGUCGUUCCCAGCUCCCUCGUUGGAAAUAACCUGGCAGAAGCAUCCACAGCUGAAUGCACGGAAUCCAGGGGAGAGAGAGAGGGUGCUUUGUUCCUCAGUAACAAAAAGUGCAAGGAGUACUCAGACGGCAGACAGUCUGACGCUGAUGUUAAAGGGAAUACCAUUAAUUCAGGAAAAUCUAACUCAAAUCAAGGACUGAACGUUGAGCCUUGGGAAACAAAUGCUGAGAUACCUGAAAAGAGCUUUUUUUCGGGUGCAUCAUGUUUACUCACUGUGGGAAAUACGGAUUAUGCAGUCCAGUCCCCCUCUCAGGAAAGCAGCCUGCUGCAGCCAAAGUCAGGACUGAGAAACGAGGACCUCAGUCGUUCUGAAGAGCCAGCCAAGUCAUCGUUCAGCAGUGAGGAAAUGGGGUUGCUUAAGAGCAAAUUGAUGCAGACUAUUUUUACACAAGAGGCUUUUGUUGCAGAUUCAGGAUCUGCAACCAAAGAUACUAAGCCAUUAGCGAAUGCAAACAGUCCCUCCAACGUCAGCUCUCUGAGUGGUGUAUCUGAGGUGGGAAAGUGGCAGAAGGAGGCCCUAGAAAAGGCACAACAGGCUAUGAUUCGGGCCCAUCGGCAGCAGCUGGAUGAAAUGGCAUCCUUGUGCUUCAAGGAGGAGUGCUUGAUAAAUCAGAUGUCAGCAACGGAUUUUCAGAAUUUCGUCACCAAGCUAGAUGAAAUCCUGGUACUGAAGUCGAAAUGUAUCCAAACCAUGCGAGCCCAGCUUCAGCUCUAUUUAGCCUCUCCUAGCACUGACACAUCCCUGCAAACACCUCCACCAGUUUAGACCUGCUGUGCUUACACAUGCACAAGAACAGUUUUGGAAACAGCCAGCUAGUGUUUCACCACACUUGGUGCUGCAGAGCGUGGGUGGGAAGGGGCUAGCUUUUGGUUUGAUGGUUUGUGAUUAGUGCAUAUUUUAGCUAAGGAUGGAGAGAAUUCUGAGUAAAUAACAGAUGAUUACUUGGCAACAUGAGAUUUGUAUUUCCUUAAUACCAGUAAGCCACAUUCUUAAAAAUAACAACUCAGCAGUGCUUAAAUAUCUCACCAAGCGGCAGGCAGUCCUGUCCACAGUAUUCACAGCAGCUUCUCACAUGUUACAGGCACUUCUGUGCUGCUAACAAAAUGAAGGGAAAAAAACAAAACAAAACAAAAUACUUUGAAGUCAGACUUAGGUCUGAACAGAAAUGUUCAAAAGCUAUCCAGAAAAGUGUUUGCAAACAGAAGUGAAGAAACCGCUUAAGUACACUAAAGUAACUAGACCAAAAGUAAAUUAAAUCAAGGCAGGAUACGAAGUUCUGGGCUUUCAGAAGGAAAGCUACUGGAGCAUUUGUUCUUUGCGUGGGAUGAACACUGCAGACCUGCUGAAAGAGAUCACUGAAGUCACAAGUAACGAGUGGUUGAGUAGGAGGCUUAUGUACAAGGGACUUUGUACCACAGGUUCAUCUAGCGUGUUAAUAAGCACAUUGUUUUCACUGGUGCCAAGAGAAAGAAGACAAAAGCUCGCCUUCUACAAGCCAUGUCUGAGCUCUGCUCAGCUGCAGAGUGCUUGUGGUCUGGGUUGACAACUGAUUUGUCACAUCAGAAGAGUGCAGUUAUAGGCAGUGGGAUUUAAGAAGCUGACAGUGCCGUUACACCAACCUGGUAUUUGAGUCAAGAACUACAGAACAAUGAGCUGGAACCCUGCAAAAAUCUCUGCUGCUGCAUGCACCCCAGCUGAACCACAGAAUAAGCCCACUUGCUGACGCCACAAGCGACCAUGAAACACGCUCAGCUAAAACAACACUCUGCAAGUGCUCCCACUCCAAAAUUUGGUCUGCCACAGCAUAUUCAGCCAUCUCAGCGUUUCCUCAGUAAUGGCCGUAGUAGCUCAAUAGCUGUAAAUGCUAAGGUAAGGGAACACUGCUGUCUGACCAGCUGCGAAUUUCGCCACCUGCUUCUACAGCUACCACGAGGAGCCAGGUUUGGCGGCAGCAGCGCAGUGGUUGCAGAUACACAGCUCUCUGGGUUGUGUAUUUGAUGCAAGGAACGUCACACAGCAUAGCCCUGGGGAACAGGAGUGCAAGGGAAGGAGUGACGGUUGUAACUGAGGAAGAAAGUCCUGCAUCAGGGCCCUGAUCUUUGCGGGAAGGUAUUUAGUCCCUCUCGACCCUGACGUAACCAGGCUCUGAGUUUAGGGACCUCAAGAUAGUUGCUGUGUCCCGGCUCCAGGCCACCAGCAAGUCACAGCUGAAGCAAGGCCUCCCAGUCCCAUUUUAAGAAGCCUUCCUUGCUUAGAGAAAUGAGGCAUUCAGGGGCAAGGCUCUUCAGCCUCAGUGCCUCAUCUCCUGGAGACAGGGCUAGCUUUCCCGUGCAUAAGGUGAGGAGACCACAUGGCAGCUGGUUAGUCCUCGUACCUUCUGAAAGCACAAAUAGAUGUGAGUACCUGCAGUAGUUCCCACAGCCCUUGCUCAGUGAGCACACAGAAGUGAGGCAAUCACAGAGCUGCUGAGCACUUUCACAAGUUAGCUUGGAGCUGAGGAAAAGGUGGGACUGCAGGAUGUGUGCACAGGUCACGAGAAAGUGAGAGGUCCUGCCAGCAACGCAGCGCUAGCUGGGUGGAAAGAGAGGGAAAACUUUCCCUCCGUGUACUUUGACAUUUGGGACGGGGGAGUGACUGUACUUUAACCCAGUAGAGGACUUAUUUAAAGAGGAGCUCAGCAAAAGUACGUUCAGUCUUUCCCCACCUCUUACCCAAGCUGAUCAUCCCUAAACUGGCACCACGGGAGAACCGUUCACACACCACCAGAGUGCCAUGUCCUAACCUCACUGCUUUCAGAGGAGCUGUAAGAAGACAGAUGAAUGACCAAAAAUUUCCAUCAGCAGAGGAAAUCUGAGUUAACCCAGCUAACAAACUGAAGCCACCCGUGCAGUUCCUGUUGGUCUGCCCUAAAAAAACAUGAGCAAGCCUGGCAAAUCUGAGCCCCAGUGCAAGUCCCCAGAGCAGGAACUACUUGCUCCCUCACAGAAUGGCUAGAAACACCAAAAAACAUCAAUUUGAAACAAGAAGUCUUUUAAACUGGAGCCAUCAAGGUAACCCAUGAGGUUGUACCUUGUUUGAUACAAGAUUCUAUCAUCGAUCUGUUCUCAGAACAGUGUAUCCCCUGCUGCAUGUGAGGCUCUGCUAAAAUAAAAGCAGCUCCGGCUGUGAAAAUUCACCCACCCUUAGCAGUAACAGGGCUACUGACACCGUUGAACUGCUGCAUGCCCAGGAGAUACCAAAACUGGGCUCGCAGCAUGCAACAGAAAUGACCGGCGCUGUUAUUGAAAGGGGUAGAAUUUUUCUCUCCACUUUUAGGGUUAUUACCUACAUGCUGCUUUAACUCUUGUGUGAAGGUGUGCUAACAGUGUUUGAAAGCGUCAUCCCCUCCCAGGUGUUUGCACUGAUGCCUGAAACAAAUGGUUUUCUUUUCAACAUGAAGAAUGAAUGUGAAUUUUGUGCUGUUACAGCAGUCUUUUCAGAAGAUUUUUGAGGGACUGGCCCUGCACAAUCAAAUAAAUACAGAAGUAAAGUGGAUUCAUUUUUGUAUGCAAGUGCAACAAAGACUAUUAAUGUUCAUGGCAGAAGCUUGAUGUUUUAUUUGAAUAGCUCACAUUAUUUAAAAUAAAAUUCAAUUUACUACAGAA